GGAGCUCAGCGUGCUUUGCUCAAUGUACUCAAGUCACAGUGUAAUCACACACUCCCUGCACAGCGCUGCACCACCUGUCUUGCUCUGAAAAGCGAUCUCCAUUCAUCAUUUGAAAAUACUGCAUCCCAAUUAAACAAAGUGACGUCCCAAUUAAACAACGUCAAUAGCAUUGGGAAGAACCGUCUCCCAGAGUUGUAUCCCAUUUCAGCAGCAAUCCCAAUUAGGCAGGUCCAAGUGUGUGUGUGUGCAGCCAGGUUAGUUUAUAAUAAGCAGUGUUGGCGUGUAUUCACAAGUGUUCAAAGCUGGCAUGUUUGCUGUAGGCUCUAGGUCCUUCUGGAAAAAUGGGAGGGAGACCCUGUGCCUCCUGUAGCUGAAGUGAACCUGCAAGAGAGGCUCAUGGGAAGUGUAGUUUUUGUGGUUGUGAAUCUGUAGGCGUUCACAAUGGCCCUUUCCUUGUGGGUUUAAUUUCAUGAAACUUUCCUGGAGUAUAUAGUCUAUAACUAAGAGCGCUGUGAUGUGUAAUAAUAAUGAUAAACAGACAGACGAGUCUUUGAAUAUUUAGUGACUCCAGUGUGUAACGUGGUAUGAAUUUAAGAUUUCUCUUGUGUGUCGGUACAGAGAUGCAGACGGAGCGUGCAAAGAGGAUGGACUCUGCAGGAGAAGAAGCGUCCCUGAAUUCACCUGAGCUGCCCUGGAACCAGCUCUAUUUGAAGAGAAGGACCGAGUCCAGGAUCCAGUUAAGGAGGACAGUGUGCUUCACUGGCCCUGCUGCUGCUGCUGUUAUCGGGGUAUUGGCAAUCCUCAUACUGGCUGCUGGCAGUGUGAGCAGCGACAGUGAGUUUGUGACAGUCCCGAGCUCAGUGAACUGUACUGAGGGGCAGGACUGUAUCCUGAGCUGCACCUUCAACUACACAGCUGGAGGCUGGGAUGAGAAGUCAGGUGUGAUUUGGAGAAGAGCAGAAACGGACCACAUCGUUCACGGUUUCUAUAACAACAGGGACCAGCUUGAUGAUCAGCUCGCUCAGUAUGUGAACAGGACCAGCCUGUUUGAUUCUGAGCUGCAGCGCGGGAACGCUUCACUGCUGCUGAGGAGAGUCAGGGAGGGAGACGCUGGGAAAUACAAGUGCUUUGUUAAGGGUACUAGACUGUCUGGGUCAGGCCUGACUGAGGUAGUCGUGGUUCCGGCUCCACCCACAACAGCACCAGAUCAUGUGACAGUCCCAAGCUCUGACCGACUCCACUGGUGGGGUUUAGGAGCAGUUCUUCUUUGUGUGAUUUCGUGUCUCUGUGUCGGUCUGUGGCUGUACAAAAAACACGCAGGUUGCUGCUGGAAGUCCAACAAGGCUUCUAGUCCAGCACAGGCAGUGUGGUGGGGGGGGAACACAACUCAGGAAAUAAAUCUAUAUUAAAAAAAUCUGAAUCAAUUCCACAAUCAUCUUCUUUAGCGGAGUUUGAAAUUCACCUUUGUGAAUAUUAAUAGAGAUUUAUUGAAAUCUUUAUAUCCAGGCUGUGGAUUCCUGGCCACUGUCUCACCAAGCUGUUCCUGCUUUACCCUGGGAUUGAGAAGGAUCAUUUCUCCGAGCUGCAAAUGAAAACUACAAAAUGAAGGUGCUGCACUCCAGCGGGUUUUCCUCAAUUGUCGCUAUGUACGUCCCGGGUCUCCGUCCUACACUCUGCUGUUCCCUCAGCUAUUUCUAGACACUAUCGGGGUCUGCCCGAGGAUUCCCCACUCUCUCUCUCUGUUUCUUUAGUUUCUUCUCUUUGAGUUUUUGUUGUUUUCUGUCCCGUCCGUCCACGGUCUUGCUGAGCAGCAUCACCGCUUGCUCAGUGUUAGGUCUAAAGGGGCAGAUCUGAGGAAACACCAAAGUAUUAAUGUAUAGGUCCAACAAGCCCCGCCUCCCAGCCACUCAGAGAGCAGUAAAGCCCACACACCCUCUUCCACGCCUCUCACGUCCCUGCCAUGACUGACAGACAGGUCCCACGGGACUGCCGCCUCUUCCUGCAGCACUGUGCAUACAUCAGACAGCCAGUCCAGGUCUCCCCUGUUACAGCAUUACAUAAUGAAACUUGAAUAUUU